GAGUACGAAUACAGAAAAAAAUAGGUGAAAAAACUGCGUCCCCACAGUGAAAAGUGAAAGUGCAGCAGGAGAGUCGCAGAUUAAUAAGCAGGGAGCGGGCGGCAAUACCAGUUUAAUAGGCUUCGAAAACAAAAAAAUACUUAGGCAUUGGAUAUUAAUAUAUUAUUGUACUGCGAGCGAGGUGUAAACAAAAUAUGCGUCCCGCGUUCCAUCCAUCGCUGUAUUAAAUAUAUAUUCUAGCCUUAUUGGGUUCCUUUUGUAUAAAGUCAUAAGUCAUUUGCCCAUUUCCUGCCGCAUCCUGCUUAGUUUUGAGCAACAGCCACCCGUCGUCGCCGUCCCCGAGACCCUAGCUUAACAUUAUGACCGAAAAGUACGACGGCAACGGCGACUAUUCUACAUACAAUGAAGAUGACAACGAGUAUGGAGGGAAGCCGCGCAAGAACUGCGUCGGCACAGCCAACGGCGACAGUUCCACGCAUGAUCACGUACAAUUGAAUGAAAAAGCCAACGAAUAUAUACGGGACUGUAUGGCAGAAAAGAAUCGAAUGGACAGAAAAUAUCCCAUCAGCGAGAAGCUCUUGGAGGGCGAGAUUGAAAAAGUACAGACCACAGGGCGCAUACCAUCGCGGGAUCAAAAGUAUGCAGACAUCUAUCGUGAAAAGCCCUUGCGCAUUUCCCAGCGUGUUCUGGUGCCUAUUCGAGAGCAUCCAAAAUUUAAUUUUGUGGGCAAGUUGUUAGGUCCCAAAGGCAAUUCCUUGCGACGCCUCCAAGAAGAGACGCUCUGCAAAAUGACGGUGCUCGGUCGGAAUUCGAUGCGUGAUCGGGUUAAAGAAGAGGAAUUACGCAGCUCCAAAGACCCAAAGUAUGCCCAUUUGAACAGUGAUCUGCAUGUAGAAAUAUCUACAAUUGCACCGCCCGCAGAGGCAUACGCUCGAAUUGCCUAUGCCAUGGCCGAGCUGCGCAAGUAUUUGAUACCCGACAGCAAUGAUAUCAUACGACAGGAGCAGCUGCGGGAAUUAAUGGACAGUACCAGCCUAAAUGAUGCCGAUGCAAAGAAUACUUUCAAAAAAACGCAACAUAUGAGCGGAAAUGGAGUUGGAAACGCAAUGACGAACUCAGUGGCUGGUGGUGGAGGUAGCGGUGGAGGCGGAAACAGUGGUAUGGGCAAAAACUCAGCACAUCAUACUUACAGGGGUCCGCAACAAACAUCGUUUAGUAAAAGUGUGCUUGCACCAAAGCAAAAGGUCAUGUCCAUACUGGAGAAAGCUAGAACUGCUAUGGACGAGACUUACGGUCGUGGAUACGAUGAUGGGAUUGGAUAUGAUCCACAUCAGUCCUACGACACCUACUCAUAUGGAUCACAUAGCACCGUACAUGGCCACGGACCACACGGCCCUCCCACGAGUAUUUUGGGCGGAGUCGGAAGCAUUGGCGGUGGUGGCGGCGUCAGAGGUGGGCACUACGACACUCAAGAAUAUGAACCGGAAUACGGUCGGCGGGACUAUUACCAACAUUCACCAGUGUAUGGAGCAAAUGCCGGCCUUGGAGGUGGGGGGGCUCAAUCAAAUCCAAACAGUGGCUCGGGCCUCAAUCACAAUCGCAGCCACGUUAAUAGGUGAAAUUUGCUGGGUCCAACCAAUACAGCAUAUUGUAAACCAUCCGUAGGAC